UUCACAAAUCAACAUACGCACAUUCAGAUUUUUUUCCAAAUAAUGAUUGAAUGUUAACGAAGAUAUAUCUUGAGAUUAUUGUUUUCUAUUUUCUCGUUUUCAUUACAACAUAAUUAUUGAUAACAUCUCAAAAUAUCAAUACAAUAAUGGUACAAUUAAUCGGUGUUGACUUCGAAAUAUUUGGAAGAGUACAAGGUGUAUUCUUCAGAAAGUAUACUCAAAAACAUGGUAACGAGUUAGGUUUAAAAGGUUGGUGUAUGAAUACUGAUAAAGGCACAGUUAUAGGUCACCUCGAAGGAGAAAAAAACAAAAUAGAGGAAAUGAAAAAUUGGUUACGAUAUACAGGAAGUCCGCAAUCAGCUAUAGAUAAAGCGGAAUUUCGUAAUGAGAAAGAGAUAAGUAAACUCUCGUUUAAUAAUUUUGAAAUUAAAAAAUAGUUUUUCAUUCAUAAUUUCAAGUGAAAUUAUUGAGUUGUUUUUUCUUUAAUAUUAUAAUUUAUAUAAAAUUAUAAAGGAUAUGUAUAUGAUGUGUU